AGGGCAGACUUGCAUUUGAGAGCUAUUCCGACCGACGGAAUGUGACCGUAAUUACGGGCACGUACAUCAUUUUAAGUCCUUGUGCAACAGGGUAUACAGGGGGAGCUCGUCCUUGGGAAAAGGAGUUUCACGCCGAUUUUUUUCCCCUCUGAGGUUUCACUCUACAGGUGCGGGGAUUUGACACACACAUCUGCGGUGCGAGGCACAGAAGGAAGGAAAGCAAUGGCCAACUCUUGUUUCUGAACGAUUUACACACCACUCGUGCUCCGUGAACUCAGCUCGCGCACAGAAGAAUCCCUACAAGAAGGGAACGGAACUUGUCAUCCCAAUUGGAGAGGCGCGCGCUCUGCAAUGACGCUCGUCCCGCCGCUCGAUCCAUCAAACUCAAAGGCUGCGCGUCUGGCAAUGGACGCUUGCUUGGCUGCCACGGACGACGGAGCCUACCAAUGAACACAAGUUGUCUACAUGCACUCAAAGACAAAGACAUGCGUUUCUGAAUCUCUCUCUCUCUCUCUCUCUCUCUCUCUCUCUCUCUCUCUCUCUCUCUCUCUCUCUCUCUCUUUCUCUGUCUUUUUGUGCGUGCGUGCGUGCGUGCGUGUGUGUGUGUGUGUGUGUGUGUGUGUGUGUACAUACGUAGUGUUUGUUGCAUAUGUAUGUGUAUAUGUAUAUGUACUUGUUGUACGUGUCGACUGCAUGGGGAGGGUCUGUGCCGUCGGCCGUCACUCGCUCGGGCGGAGGAGUUCAAAAAUGGGGCGGCGGCCAACAAGUGGGUUUUGAGCGGGGGAGCGAGCGAGCCAGCAAACAACGAGAGCGUGCGUGCGUGAGUGAGGAGGCGGCGGGAUGAAGAGAUGUCAUUGCUGAGGGGCUUCUGCAUCGAUUAGCUGGCAAACAACAGCCUCUCCGCUUUCCCCCAACUCCGCCCCCCCUCCUCCCAUGCGAGCGCCAUGGAAAACUUGAAUCUGCGCGCCGGCCGGCAGUUUUCGAUGCGGGUGAUGCGACUCCAACUACGUUGGUAUGACCUGUUGAGUAUGGGUGUGGAUGGUCAAUAGAUGGAAGAGUGAAAAGUGAGUGAGCGUUUUGAUCGUUGGUUAAGUACAACCUGCCGUCGACGGAUGGACAAACAGACGGACGGACGGACGGACAGAAGGAAGGAAGGACGGAAGGCUGGUGUUUAAGAAGGAGAGAAUCGCUGUAGCAGCAUGGUUGCAGUAAGAGAGAAAGGAAAAGGUGGAACUGAACGGAGUGUGGAUUGUAACGAGAAUAGGGUCAGGUGGGGAAGUAGUAGCGUUGGGGUUACCUUUCAUGUGCCUGUCUUAGAAGGAGGAGAAGGACGAGGAGGAGGAGUAGGAGGAGAAGAAUCAGGGAGUUUUAAGCCGGGCGGUGGAGGAGGAAGCUUGAUAUGCAAUGGGACUGUCGAGAAAGACGAACGGAUGAGAGUAGGAGAGAGAAGCGAGAGUCGAAGCCAGAGCUGGGCUGACGACACAGAGGCGGGUGUGAUUGAUUGACAGAAAGUACGAUCGAAGGAGGUGAAGACGAUUGAUAGAUUUAUACCCGAGAGAGAGCGAGAGCGAGAGCGAGAGAGAGAUUGUGUAUGUGUGUGUGUGUGUGUGUGUGUGUGUGNUGUGUGUGUGUGUGUGUGUGUGUGUGUGUGUGUGUGUGUGUGUGAGAGAGAGAGAGAGAGAGAGAGAGAGAGAGAGAGAGAGAGAUGCAUGAAGGUUACGUGAGCGGGCGGACGAGGGGGCAAGAGGAAUUGCUUGGAUCGUUGGAAUUGUAGGGGGGGUGUUCGCUGUCGCGGGAAGAGCAGGAGGAGGGCGGGGAAAGGAGGCAUAUUCAUCAAUCCACCGGGUUGGUGAGGCGAAAACGAUGAUGCGAACCUGCAACGUAACCAUAAUGGAGGGCGCCGGUGCGGGCGAGGGAGGAGGAGGAGGAGGAGGAGGAGGAGGAGGGAGAGCGGAGGCGACCUCGGCGGCGAUGUAUCAUCACGCGUUCCCCAUGAUCGACAAGAGGAAGUCGCCCCAUGUGUACCACAAGCCGGAGUGCAGGUGUGUGGUUUGCGUGCAACGACGAAAGAAAGAGGGGAGAGAGGAGGUGGAGGCGAUUGACUCGUCGUCGCGACUGGCAUCAUCGCUUAUGCAUCGGCAAGAAACGGGACGGGAGAGAGAAGAUGCGGAGGCGCGACAGGGAGGAGGUGAGGGGGUGGGAGGAGGAGGAGGGAUGGGGAGGGGUGGUCGCGACUGGAAUAACAGUAAUUUUUACGGCGGUAAUAAUGCUAAUACUAAUAAUAGUAAUAACAGUGGAGGCGGGAGAAGGUUUGACGGUCGCAUGAUUGGAGGAGAAAGAGAAAUGGAGAGGAUUCCUUCUCGGAUGGGCAGCGGCGUGCACGGCGGCGGCGAGGGGGGAGGGCGGGGCCUUGCUAAUCUUUCCUCCGCUCACCUGGAAGUUACUGGCGGCGGCGACAGAGGAGACGGUCCAGGAGAAGGAGGGAGACGCCAAGAGAAAAUAAGGGAAAGGGAACUGGAAGAGGAGGAAGAAGAAGACGAUGAUGAUGAUGAGGAGGGGGAGGAGGGGGAGGACGACGAGGAGGAGGACGACGUGGCAGAGGUUGAGGAAGGGGACUGCCAGCGUGUCAUGAUUGUGCGGGGGGAGAAGGGUGUAGUUGUGGAGCAAGGGAAGGGGGCUGGGCGAGGGUGGGAGAUGCAGGGGGUGGAGCACGAGGGGAGGGAGGGGGGGGAGGAGGGGAUGGUGCAGUUGCGGGAGCGUCAGCGGGAGCACUUCCGCCUCGGGGGAGGCGAGCGCUUCCGCGCGGUGCGAGGAGUGAAUGCUCGCGAGGGCGGGGGGAGCAAUCACGGCAUGGUGGAGUUUUACGCUCGCGAUCCGCCGCCGCCGCCGUCAGCGCCGCAGCCGCAUUUUUCAGUCGGCGGCCAUGAUCGAGGAGGCGGAGGAGCCGGCGGAGGAGGAGGGGGAGCAGGGGGAGGAGGAGGAGGAGUAGGAGGAGGGGGAUGGAGAAGAACGAAGAAACAGAAGAGAAUGGACUCAGAGGCUGCCACUUUCGCGGUGGGCUCGUUGACGCUCAAAAAAAUGAAGGAUGUCCACGUGGACAGAGGCGGAGGGCUCCACGUGUCACCACAGCCUACUGGGGUCGUGCCAGCUGUGCCGAAGAUGCAGCUGACAGGCGCAGCAGGGGGGCCAACCUCAGCAGCGGCAGCAGGUGGAGGGGGAGGGGGAGGAGGGGGAGGAGGAGGACAGUCUGUGGAGCCGGAAGCAAAGGGAGGAGAGGGACGUGAGGAGGAGAGAGGAGAAGAGGGAGGAGCUUAUGGGGAUGGAGCGGAAGGGGGAGUCAAAUGGAAAGCGCGGAUCACAACUGGUCGAGAUCCCAUUCGUGAGGCUGAGUCCGAGGGAGGUGGGGAAGGAGCAAUCCAGCCGGCGCCUCCACGCCUUGGGACCUUAAUGCCCAUUCCCAGGGAGUUCCAGUGGUACCGUGAGGAGAAGGGGGAGCUGCCAGACGGGCGGAGGUAUCGAAACUUCAUCGUCCGCACAAGAGAUGGAAGGGAGAAAUUUGCAGCUACUGCUAUGUCAGCAAGCAGCAAGUCUACAUUUGUGUAUACAUCAUCGACAGAGUUUGGGCAGGUCACAUUUCAAAAUUCCCAGGAGGCGGGCGGAUGGCUUGGGGUCAGUAUCCGGGGCAGGCCGGUUGAAGGUCUGCGAAAGAGGAUCUGUGUGCCAUACGAGCAAAGGGCUAUGGCAGAAGAAGGGGAUGUUCUUGACCAGCGGGAAGAGGGAGCCUUACUAUUAUCAGCACCAGCACCGACAACCGCACCAACGCCAGCACCAGCAUCAACUGCAGCUGCUGUUCCAGUGGCUGCAGCGACUAUGGACAUUGAAGCAACAGGAGCUGAACAGCGACACAUUGAUGAUAAUCACCACUUCCACUUUGAUGGAGUGCAACAAUCUGAUGGACUCUGGAUCCCCAAGGCCACCGAACUAAAGCGUCGGCUUGAGGAGCUCCUGAGACUGGGUUUCAUUAAACCCAACAACUCCCCGUGGGGUGCACCCGUCCUCUUUGCUCGCAAAGCGGAUGAAACUCUCCGUCUCUGCAUUGAUUUUCGCGGCCUUAACCGCUACACGGUUAAGAACAGCUACCCCAUGCCUCGUGCCGAAGAGUUGUUCGACCGCCUAGCAGGCAACCGCUUCUUUACGAAGAUUGAUCCUCGUAGCGGUUACCAUCAGAUCCGCAUCGCUGUAGAGGAUCCGCCGAAGUCCGCCUUUCAGUUGCGCUUCGGCCACUAUGAGUUCACAGUGAUGUCAUUCGGCCUCACCAAUGCACCCGUCACCUUCCAGAGGGCGAUGAACGAUAUCUUUAGGGACAACCUUGACGAAUACGUUCUCGUAUACCUGGACGACAUCCAGGUCUACAACCGUACCUUAGAAGACCAUCUUAGACACCUCCGCGAUGAUGGGAAGAAGUUGAAACCGAUUGAGUACAUGAGUAAGAAGAUGCCAUCUAAGAAAGUGACAAAGUCCACCUAUGAAAGGGAACUCUAUGCUCUCUACAAGGCACUUGUCCAUUGGAGACAUUUUCUGUUGGGACGGUUCUUCUAUUUGAGUACUGACCAUCAGACACUGAAAUGGAUCAAGACUCAACCGGCUCUUUCUGAUGCACUCAAGCGAUGGAUUGAGGUCAUAGAUCAAUAUGACUUCAAGCUUGAGUAUCUGAAGGGAGAGUACAACAAGGUUGCAGAUGCGCUAUCACGUAGGGCAGACUACCUAGGGGCGCUAGUUUUUGACUUUGGUGUAUCGGAAGAAGUAACUCAAUCAUUGGUGGGAGCCUAUCAGGAAGACCCUGUCACGAUGGACAUCAUGCGCAAACUUCAGGCAAAAGACAAGGCCACGGAAAGUGAGUUUGUGAUGGUGGACGGGUUUCUCUAUCUUGAUAAGGCCGAAGUUAAAAGCAGUACCGGCGUUAGUCCUAAUCAGCUACACUUGGGAUGGAAGCCUAGAUCAGCUCUAGACUUCCUCCUACCUGAAAACCGAUCCUCUGCAACUCCAGGCACACUUGAGUAUGAUGUGCAGUAUGAGAAGUUGCUGCAGCAAGCUGUUGAGCAUAUCAAGAAAGCUCAGCAAGCAAUGAUUGGUUCUGAGAACAAGCGUCGACGACAGUCCUCAUUUCAGUGUAGAGUAGACACAAGGGGUGGUACUAGUACCAAGCCCUACACAAAGGAGCAAGAGGAGGAGGCUGCGAGGAUCUUGGCUGAGCAGAAGGCCAAGAAAGAGGAGGUUGUGAAGCAGGCCAAGAAGUUGGCCUUGUUGCAAGAGCAGGCCGAGAAAAAAAAGUUGGAGGAGGAAUUGGAAAGGAUGAAAAAAGAGGAAGAAAAGUUGAAAGCACCGGAAGUAGAAGAAGAAGAAGAAGAAAAGAAGGUGGAAGAAGAAGAGCCCCUGAUCAGUAGAAGCAUCAGGGACAUAGGAGAGUCGAGUCGCACGAAGGAGGGGAGCUUGUGGUUAGAGAAGAAGGUCUUUGAAUGGGUUGCUAACCUGUCUCUGGGAGAAGAGGAGGCAAUGUUAUAUGUCCCCAGGGACAAACAGGAGGCGGUCGUUAAAGAAUGGGAAGCUGAGGAAGAUCCUCUCAAACGGCAAACAAUAGAGGAGGAGAAGAAGUUGGAGUGGAAGUUGCGUUUGACCAGAGAGAAGAAGAAGAGGAUGGAGGAGGCAAGUAAGGCGGCAAAAGAACUGGAGGAGGUGAAGGCAGAGGGAGCAGAUGGAAGCACAGGCAGAUUGGCAAGGGAAAAUGGAGGCACCAUAGAGGGCGCAAAGUUGGCUGCACCAAAAGAGGAGGAAGCACGUCCCCGUAGAGAGCCUGUUAAGGUGAAGUUCCCCGAUUCCUAUAGUGGGAAGAAGGAGGAGAACUUCAAUAAUUGGGAGGCCAAUGUGAACUCCUACGUGCACCUGCAAAAGAUAUCUCCUGAUGAACAUGUCCUCGUAGCCUUCCAUGCUCUCAAAGACGAAGCAGCAAACUUCGCCAGGUCUCUGUGUCGCGCUGCUAAUUGCAAUAAUGAUAUGGUUGCCUAUUCGGUGUUCACCCCUCUCAGUGAGUUCCUGAAAUUAUUGCGUGAAAGGUUUGCAGAUGUCACACGAAGUGUCAGAGCUUCUGACAAACUGCAAACCAUUCAUUCCCGCCAGUGGAGGAGUGCCAGGGGACUCAAGGGCGUAAUGGAUGAGUUGGUCGUCGUCCCUGAUCAUGGGGUCACUGAGAUCCUGUUAGUCAACCUAUUUUAUCGUGCCAUGCCCGAGCCUUUGCGCGGACGCUUCUUUGAGAAGAGUAGGGAGUCUACCAUGACCUACGAUACCCUGAGUAUGGAAGUGGUAGCAUAUGAUGUCAAUUUUCGCUUUCUGGCACAAGGACUUGGACAAGGGCAAAAAGUGGAAAGGCCGUACCAUCUCAGGUCAGGGCGAGAAUCGAAGUUGCAGGGAGGAGGUGGUUGCAGCACGAUGGCUGGUGGGAGCAGGGCAGGGGGUGUGAUUGGUGGACAAGGAAGUCAGAGGCAGCCAGAAAGAGGAGAGGGCAGCGGGAAGGACAUCGCCAGUUCAAGUACACCUUCGUCGGGGGUGACUUCUAAAGACCCCACACCGGCUAUCGACCCCUUGCUGUUCGUCCCACAACCUGAAGAGAAGCGAAAGAAGUUGCAGGGCGAGAAGGAGAUAUGGAAGCACGUUCCGAUUGGUGGACAAGGAAGUCGGUGGCAGCCGGAAAGAGGAGAGGGCAGCGGGAAGGACAUCGCCAGUUCAAGUACACCUUCGUCGGGGGUGACUUCUAAGGACCCCACACCGGCUACCGACCCCUUGUUGUUCGUCCCACAACCUGAAGAGAAGCAAAAGAAGCUGCAGGGUGAGAAGGAGAUAUGGAAGCACGUGGAACAAGGGCAGGAGGUUGUGCCAAAGGGUCGAGGAGAGGAUUGGCUGAGGUGUUGGCUAUGCUCGACCAUUUGGAGGGGCACAAGCACACGAGUAGUUGAGCACUUCAUGAAGAUGCUCAAGUCGUUCCCUUAUCGGACAAGGGAGAUUGUGCAUAAGGUGGUGGCCCAAGGGGCGAAGGUGCUGCCAAGCGACAAGAAGACUCGCUACCUAUUGCAGAAUUAUCGGCAGCCGCACAACAUGUCGGAGGGGGGGGCUGCAGCAAACGACGAUGAUGCGGACGCUGUUGUUCGUCGUGGUUACGAGGAGCCUCAACCGCUGGGAGGGAGCCACACAAGGGUGGCUCCGCUGCAGCAAACGACCAUCACGAGAUGGGUGGACAACGCAGCUCAAAAGAAGUUGGACAUUGCAUGGGCGGAGGCAAUGUUCCGGGCAGGAAUUGCAUUCAAAUUUUUGAACUUCGACACCACUCUCAAAUUGCAUCAGGUGUCCUUGGAGGUUGCUAAUGCACUACCGAAGGUGAAAUUGCCCUCUACGAAGUACAUGCAGACGGUGAUGUUCGACUUUAUCUUUUUGCGCAUUCAAAAGCAAGUGCAGCCUCUGACUGCAUGCUGGGAUGUCACAGGCUGCACUUUUAUCACGGACGAGACGAGUGAUUGGAGGAAAAGGCCUGUCAUGAAUUUCUUGGCGGCGGGGGAGCAGGGAGCGAUCCUAGUGGCGACGGUUUCGAUGAACGGAAAGAAGAGGACUGGACUGGCGCUGGCCAGACUUUGGGAGAAGAUAAUGAGGGAGGUCGGGCCGCAUCGCAUCAAUGCAAUUUGCUCUGACAAUGCGGAGGUGAACAAGAAGGCCGCACAGGUUUUGGAGCGGCGCACGGACUUGGCGGUUUCACAGAUACCUUGGGUUUCGUGUGCUGCGCAUUGCUGCAGCUUGCUGCUACGAGACUUCAGCAAGUUGGAUUGGAUCAAGGGCACGGUGAAGUGGAGCCACACCAUUGUCAAGUUUAUACGGAACCACCACUGCGCACAUAGCCUAAUGAUGUCGUUGGACGACUCAUUAUCGUUGUUGCGACCGACCGAGGUCCGUUUUGGGUCGGUCUACAUGAUGAUGGAGCGGUUGUACAAUCGUAGGGUGGUUUUGACGCAAAUGGUUGAAGGGAGUCUUGUCGGGAGAUGGAAGGCGAUACGGUGGUCGACAACCAAGUUGCAGUCCAAAGCAGAUGUUGUCUUCUUUACAGUGCGGAGGGAGGGUUGGUGGACGGAGGUGAAGAAGGUGGUGGAGGUGAUGAGCCAUUGUAUGGCUUGCUUCGGAGGAUGGACAAGGACGGGACUGCCCCGUCAAACCUUGUGGAGUACGAACGGCGAAUGGGAGUACGAACGGCUAAUGGAGAGGAUGUUGGCGGAGGUUCGGCAGAUCAGCGGUCCUUGGAAAUCGGAGGCCCACGUGGAGAUUCUAUACGACCUGCAAGAGUUCCACAAGAAACCCACCGCGUACGACCCCUGGCGCAAGGACUUGAAAAUGUGGGAUGAUGAUGCGGUCGCGGAUUGUGGCCGCAUCUCGCCGCCGGAGUGGUGGGCAACUCAUGGCGACGAUGUGUCGAAGCUGCAUUCCAUUGCCAUUAAACGAAUACCACAGCGCAUCAAGCUACCACAGACCGACGCCAGCAUGGAGAUGGUGCUUCGCCCCAGUCCAAUCAAUACAGAUGAGGAGGCGGCCAACCGUGCAAAGGCAUGGGCUGAUGCGGAUCAAGAACGGGUGCAAAGGAGAAUGAGGGAGGAGGAGGAGCGACGCGCAGCCAUACCAACCCGCAGGGAAUUGAAGAAACUAAAGAAGAAGGUUGGAGAGCGAGAAUCGGAGCCAGUGGGGGCUAUGGGCCAGCUAGAGGAGGAGAAAGAAGAGGUGAUGGGCCAGCAAGAGGAGGAGGCAGAACACGAGAUGGGCCAGCCAGCGCAGGAAGAAGAUAAGAUGGAGGAGCAAGAGGAGGACGAAGAAGACGCUGAUAUGGAGCAGCGAGAGGAGACGGAAAAGGAGGAAGGGGAGGGCACGAAACAGCAAGAAGAGGAGCUGGAAGAGAGCGAGAAGGAGCAUCAACAGGAAAAGAUGGAGAACGGCGAGGAGCAGCAGCAGCAGCAGCAUGCACCGAUGACCAUGUACAAGUGUCAGAAGCAAACUGGGGAGGCUGCUGGGUCACAAGAGAAUUCCCCCGACUUCCCAGCCAACAAAGCGGAAGCCCAACAUGACAACCUGUGGGUCAGCAGGGUUGGGAGGAAGAGGAAAGCGCCGGGCGGAAAGGGGGUGUAUUGGGAUCAGGGUGGGGAUCCUGCGCUGCGUGCAGCAGUACAGCCACAGACAGGUGCAAACGCAAAUUCUCAGCCAUCAGCAAAUGCAGAGCUGAAUUCAAAACCACCAUUGAUGAGAUCCCAUCGUACAAGGACACCUACACCGGCUGGCGAGCACUUCAAGAAGUCACUCAAUGCAUUCAGUCAUGUGGUGGGCAAGCGAGGGCGUAAACCACGAAAUGAUGUCACUGGAGCUCAGAACGACAACACCUUAUCUUUCAAGAAAACAGCUUCCAUAUCAAAGGCAGCAAAGGUAUUCAGCUAAGCAUCAAGUUGUUUCCGAACGUGCUUCUCAAUUUAUAAUUGAGCAGUCCAUGUGUUUGAAUCUGCUUGUAACUCUCUCUCUCUCUCUCUCUCUCUCUCUCUCUCUCUCUCUCUCUCUCUCUCUCUCUCUCUCUCUCUCUCUCAGUGCUCGGUCACAUCGUCUGUCCAUCCACCCUCCUUCUCUCUCCCUGUCUGCACACACAGACUCCCACACUAGAGGUAAAGCUGCUUCGAUC